AUGUCCGAAACAGAACCACAGCCCAAGUCCCAGAAACACCUCUUCAUCCACCAGAUGUCUGCCGCGGCGAGCUCCUCCUCGGACUCCAAGACGGACGAGUCGGGUAUGACGAAACUCCCCAACGGCGUCGUGCUCGACAAAGACGGCAAACCAUGCCGCCUCUGCACCUCCGCCGCAUCCUGGCGCGCCCUGACAAAGCAAGCCAAAGCGCAAGGCGCCGCCAACACGCCAUCCACUUCGACCACAACGACAACACACGCCAUGCCAUCGACCCCCGCCACCGUCCCAGAUGAAUGUCCGCCCGACGUCGAGGUCCUCGGCCGCUCCACCUGGACCCUCCUCCACUCCAUGACAGCUGCAUACCCCGAAAAGGCCACGCAGGAGCAACAGAGCGAGAUGCGCGCGUUCCUGAGGCUCUUCUCCCGGCUGUAUCCGUGUGGGUGGUGCGCGGAGGAUUUCCGGAAGUGGAUGGCGGAUCCCAGUGGGCGCAACGAGCCGCGACUCGGCGGACGGGCGGACUUUGGAACGUGGAUGUGUGAGGCGCAUAAUGAGGUCAAUCGGAAACUCGGCAAGAAGGAGUUUGAUUGUCGGUUCUGGGAAGAACGGUGGCGGACUGGGUGGAAGGAUGGGCGGUGCGACUGA